UUUAAGUAGGAAUAAUCUAGAAAAGAGUAUUCCCAUCGAGAUUGGGAAUCUUCAAUCCCUUCAGCAUCUCGAUCUAAGUCAAAAUUUGCUCACGGGAGAAAUACCUAGACAACUUGGGCUAUUGCACAGAUUAGAAAUACUCAAUCUCUCACACAAUCAAUUAUCGGGUUCAAUUAUGUCAACAUUUCAAGAUAUGAUAAGCUUGACAUCCAUCGACAUAUCGUUUAAUGAGUUAGAGGGUUCUUUACCAAACAUUCCAGCCUUUCGUAAUGCUACGAUUGGAGUUGUGAGAGGGAACAAAGGCUUGUGCGGAGACAUUGCUGGUCUUGGCCCCUGUACAGCACCAAUGUUGAAAGGAAGAAACAAAAACAAAAAGUUGCUGCUAGUUUUGAUUCCUACUUUGGGUUGCCUACUUUCUUUGCUUCUUGUUGUGGGAGCUUCAAGUAUUGGAUGCCGAAGAAUAAGAAAAACAAAGGCUACUUCGGCUAAUGGAAGCUAUGAAAACCCCUGGGUAAUAUGGAGCUUUGAUGGAAGAACGGUUUAUGAGAGCAUCAUUGAAGCCACGGAAGAGUUUGAUGCCAAAUAUUGUAUCGGUGUGGGAGGACAGGGGAGUGUUUACAAGGCCCAGUUGCAAACAGGUGAAACUGUUGCUGUAAAGAAAUUUAAAGAAGCUGUGGACGUAGAAAUGGCCAAUCAAAAAGCAUUUGAACAGGAGAUUCAUGCUCUGACCGAAGUUUGGCAUCGGAAUAUCAUUAGGCUCCGUGGCUUUUGCUCGAGUUCUCGACAUUCAUUUUUGGUAUACAAGUUCUUGGAAUCGGGCAGCUUGAAGGAUGUAUUGAACAAUGAAGAGAGGAUGGCAACAUUUGGCUGGAAUAGGAGAGUGAAUGUUGUCAAAGGGGUGGCUUAUGCAUUGUCCUACAUGCACCAUGAAUGCUCUCCUCCUAUAAUUCAUCGAGAUGUCUCGAGCAAGAACAUUUUAUUGGAUGAAGAAUAUGAAGCUCACGUCUCUAAUUUUGGCAUGGCUAAGGUUUUAAAACCUUAUUCAUCCAAUUGGACUUCCUUUGCAGGCACCUUUGGAUAUGCAACUCCAGAACUCGCAUACACGAUGGAAGUGAACAAGAAAUGUGAUGUUUAUAGCUUCGGAGUGGUGGCAUUGGAAGUAAUCAUGGGAAGCCAUCCCGGCGACCUCAUUUCUUCACUCACGUCCUCAUCUUCAUCACCAUCGAACAAUUCAACAACUUCUUGGCCACUGAAGGAAGUUUUAGAUCAAAGAAUUCCAUACCCAAAAGGUAAUGUACUAGGGGAAGUGGCUUUAGUGACAAAGACGGCAUUUUCAUGCUUAAAUCCCAAACCAAAGCAUCGUCCAACCAUGCAACAAGUUUCUAGGGCGAUAUCAACAUGUAACUCCAUCGUGCGAAGUGCAUUAGAGGACAUCAAAUUGGAAGAACUAGUUGAUCCUACAUGCUUCACUUUUUGAGAUAUUUUGGUCUUUCAGUUGUAGCCUGU